CAUUGCAGCUUCCAGAAGGAGCCGUCCUCCGGUAACUGGAUUUACCUCCUAGCGAUCGGAGCAAGCUCAGUUUUGUUUCCUCAGGUGGAAAAAAGAAGGACUGUGCCCGAGAAAAUGAGAUGGCCCACCGCCUAAACUUUCCACAGAUGACCACCUCUACUUCCCAAAUCUACACAGAGGUAUUUUGCUCUCCUGAAACACAUUGUUUGUGAGUUAAGAAGAGAUCGCAGUCAUGGACAUCUAGCUUGAUGAACUUUUGCAACACAGGGGGUUGCCAGAGGCUGGAACAGCCCUGAAAAGGGUUGGAGACCCAAAAUGGCAGCCGCCAGUUCUGUUACCCCUUCUGAGGAGGUGGCGUUGGUGGCUUUCGGGAAGGACUUGCCCAGGGACAAGGUGAACCAAAGCUACCCUCAAGAGCAGAGUUCUGAGGAUCCUGAGGCUACCCUACGAUGGAAUGAUGCGUGUCACAGUUCCGCUUGUGAGACUGCAGCACUUGAAGUAUCUAAGAGUGACAUGAGGCCUAGUCCUGAGGGGAGCAGAGAAGAUGCCAAGGGGGGCCCUCUUGUGGGUGAUGAGGCCUUCUACAAAGCUCCCACCACCAGGGAGGAGGAUGGGGAGAGCAAUGGAAUGCCUGAAGCGGCAGCUCACGUCUUUGUUCCCAUUGACCCCUGUUGCAUUGAACACACCCCGACGGGGGAUGAGAAGAAGAGGAAACAACACGAAUGCGAAGAGGAAAUUGUGCUCUGUGAAAAGGAGAAGGGCGACUCUGAGAAGCAGAAUUUCAUCUCUCGUGGUUACUCAGCACACUUUGACGACUUGCCUAGCUGUGAUGGAGAGCGAGCCAAGUCGUACUCUGAGAGGCUGGAGUGCCUUCUGUGCCGCAACUGUAACUCUACCAACCUGAAGGCCGUGGCCUCCAUGAUUGGAGCCACAAUAAUUUUCCCUUGCCUGAUUUAUGGCGCGUAUGUCUUCCUGCCCUUUGACGCACCUCUGAUGCCCACCAUGAGCACCCGCUUGGUUUACACACUUCGCUGUGGCGUGUUUGCCACUUUCCCAAUCAUUAUAGGCAUGGUUGUGUAUGGAGUGUCCCGCCUCUGCUUCUCCUCCCUACAACCCUUUGGGGAGCUGCGGCGGGAAGUGGAGAUCCACCGCCACUACGUGUCCCAGUCGGUCCACCUUUUCAUCCUGUACUUCUUCAACAUCGCCGUUCUCUCCACUUACCUGCCUCAGGAAGGCCUCAAGCUCAUUCCUUUGCUGACGGCCCUCUUUGCCAUUUCACGGCUUCUCUACUGGCUGGCCUAUGCCAUGGGCCGUUCUUUCCGGGGCUUCGGCUUCGGCUUGACGUUCCUGCCCCUUGUCACCAUGCUCCUGUUCAACCUCUACAGCAUGUUUCUCGUAGAUCCAGAGAAUAUGUUCGCCGUGGGAGACAACAGUGCAGAGACGUCACUGGAGAAGGAGAGGGAGUUAGCAGGCUCCAAGCCUAGAUACUGGGGGUGAAAAGAAAUUGGGAGGGAAGAGGCAGAUGGGGAAGGAAUGACUGUGAGAUGAGGGAGACACGUAAACAGUCCUUGAGGGCUGUGUUGCCUUCAGCUCCAGGCAAAAGGCCUUGAACUUAGUCUUGGAGCAUAUAGAAAUAUUACAUCAAGAUGCUCACGUUCUACUGCAUGAAUGACUGAUGGGUUAAAACAGGUGAGGUACUUCCUCCUGAGCCUUGAUUUGGUAAAAGGUGUAGGCUAAGAUAUACCAGUAAUGAGAAAAAUCUCAAACGUAAGAAUCUUCCUCAAGAGGUAGACUGAGAAGAAGAACAGAGUGGAUUUGUAUCUCGCCCUUCAUUACCUGAGGGAGUCUCAGAAUGGUUUACAAUCUCCUUUCCCUUCCCCUCUCCACA